AUAUAUAUUUGUGAAUAAGUCGUAUUAUUAAAACUAAAGUGAGCGCGCGCUCGCUUCUCCUGUGUCAUGUGACCAACGCGGAAGUGUUUGACCGACAUGUCCAGACUUUGUCCCGCCGGUGUGGAAAUAUGACGGAAUUGUUGCUGAAGAUUAAAACCAGCAUCGGUGCGAAAAAGACGACCCCGUUAUGUCAGAGUGACGUACAGCGAUGGGGUUUAAGAGGGAUACAUCUGAGGGCCUACCAGCUGGAUGGCGUCCAGUGGUUGACACAGUGUGUGCAGAACCAGCAGGGAUGCAUCCUUGCAGAUGAGAUGGGCUUGGGGAAAACCUGUCAGACGAUCUCUCUGCUGUUGUAUGUGACUGCAGCUCUUGGUGCCAAAGAUCCAUUUUUGGUCCUGAGCCCACUCUCCGUCAUGGAAAACUGGAGGAAUGAGUUGGAACGUUUCGCCCCGUCUCUUAGUGUCCUGUGUUACAAGGGAGACAAAGACAGACGAGCGGAGAUCCAGGGGGAGGUGGACAUGCAGGACGUCCACGUUCUGCUCACCACAUACGAGCUCUGCCUCAAAGACGCUUCUUUCCUGAGACGGUGGAAGUGGAAGGUGCUGGUCGUAGACGAGGCUCACCGACUCAAGAACCAGAACUCUCUCUUGCACAAAACCCUGAUGCAGUUCUCAGUGGACUUUAGGGUCCUGCUGACGGGAACUCCCAUCCAGAACAACCUGCUGGAACUCUACUCUCUGCUGAGCUUCAUCCAGCCCGCAAUCUUCUCAGCAGAAGACGCAGACAACUUUGUUCACUCUUACUCGGACAUACGGAGUCGACCUACACUCGCGGCCGAGCUCCAGAGCCUCCUGGAGCCCUUCUUGCUUCGUCGGAUCAAGUCGGAGGUGGCGGUGGAUCUGCCCAAGAAGAGCGAGCUGGUGGUUUACCAUGGCAUGUCGGCACUGCAGAAGAAAUACUACAAAGCCCUCCUGAUGAAGGAUGUUGAGGCUUUUGGGAACGAGCAGAGCAACAAGACUCGUCUGCUCAACAUCUUAAUGCAGCUGAGGAAGUGCGUGGAUCACCCAUAUCUUUUUGACGGAGUGGAGCCAGAGCCGUUUGAGAUGGGGGAGCAUCUGAUCGAAGCCAGCGGGAAGCUUUGCCUCCUGGAUGGGAUGUUGGCUUACCUGCAAGCAGGCGGCCAUCGUGUUCUGCUGUUCUCCCAGAUGACCAGGAUGCUGGACAUUCUCCAGGACUACAUGGAGUACAGAGGUUUCAGCUACGAGCGCCUGGACGGCUCGGUCCGAGGCGAAGAACGCAAUCUGGCGGUGAAGAACUUCAGCAACAACGACGUCUUUGUCUUUCUGCUCAGCACCAAAGCAGGGGGGGUCGGCAUGAACCUCACCGCUGCUGACACCGUCAUUUUCAUGGACAGCGACUUCAACCCUCAAAACGACCUGCAGGCCGCCGCGCGCUGCCACCGCAUUGGUCAGCACAGGCCGGUGAAGGUGAUCCGCCUCCUGGCGAGAGACACGGUGGAGGAGAUCAUGUACUCUCGCGCCGUCUCCAAGCUGCACCUCACCAACACGGUGAUGGAAGAGGGGCGCUUCUCUUUGCUGGACCGAGCUCAGACGGCAGCUGCGGGACUGCAACUCAGUGAGAUCUUAAAGUUUGGUGUUGAUAAUCUGCUAUCGUCGGAUGAGAGCUCGGUACAGGAUGUGAAACUGGAGAAGAUCCUCGGCACGUCUGAAGGUGGUCACUGGAUGGUUGACGACAACGAAGAGGAAAAUUCCCUGCAAGAAGAGGAAGACAGCGGCUCUGAAUCUGACAGGCAGAACCACAUGUACUGCUUUGAGGGUAAAGACUACAGCAAGGACCCCAGCUCAGAGGACCAGAAGAGCUUUGAACGUCUGCUGGAGGAGCAGCUUGGCGAGCUGCAGAAAUGUGUGGGAGACGGACGAAGCCUACGGAACAAAGCCGAUGUGUCACCGGCAGCAGCGCUAGGCUUCCCCACAAGGAAGAGGAGGCCUCUCACGGAGGCGGAGCUGGAGCAGAGGCGGCAGAAGCGGCAGGAGGCGGCGGCCAAGCGAGCCAAGUAUCAGGAGGACCUCAAGAAGAAGCAGGAGGAGCAGAAAUACCAGAAAAAAAUGGCUUGGUGGGAGUCAUGCGGCUACAAAUCACCAUGUCUGAAGCCUGCUGACGGGGAGGAAGACGAGGAUGAAGAAGAGGAGGAUGACAGCAGCAGUGUGAGCUCCACGGACUCGGACAGCGGCGCCAUCCACUACGUCUUGGGAGACGUGACGCAUCCUCACGGUGCACAUGGGGACGCCAUCAUCGUCCACUGUGUCGAUGAUUCUGGCUGGUGGGGGAAGGGGGGCUUGUUCACCGCUCUGGAGGUGCGGUCGGAUGAACCCCGGCGGUACUACGAGAAGGCUGGAAAGAUGAAAGACUUGGACCUGGGAAGCGUCCUGUUCUUUCCCAUCAAUGACAAACAGUCCCGGCUGGACGGGAGUGAUCACCUGGCCCUCAUCGUUGCACAGCAGCGGGACAAAGCCAACAAAUUGUCCGGCAUCUUUCUCACCGCGCUUGACGAAGGUCUCAAGAAGAUCCACACUGCCGCCAAACGGAAUAAAGCGAGCGUGCACCUUCCACGUAUCGGCCACUCCACCAAGGGCUUCAACUGGUACGGCACGGAGCGUCUGAUCAGGAAACAUCUGGCUUCCAGAGGCAUCCCCACCUUCAUAUACUAUCACAGUCGCAGCGCCGGUAAAGAAAACACCACUGCCCCCACAGCCUCUGCGUCCUCCCCUAAAGCUGAGGCGCACGGCUCGGCUGCGCCGACGGCAGGACCCUCGAACCCCUUGAGCCCUCCUCUGCUGCCCAACUUCAUGAGGGGGGUCCAUGUGUUUUUUUACAACCUGCCUGCAACGGAGAGGAAGAUGCUUGCUCGCUACCUCAUCACAUAUGAUGGAGACGAAGAGGAGGUGAUGAGUGGCGAGGUCACACACAUCGUCGCCGAGGUGGAGAAUAACAUCCACUCUCAGGAGCUACAGGACAUGAUGCGUCGCUACAACCAGGCAGUGGCGGUGCGCAAACCCUGGCUGGAGGCCUGCUUCUCCAAACAACGACUCGUCAACACAGCCCACUUCACACACACACUCCUGUAAUGUGUUUAUGUGUGUUUUAGAUCAGUAUGAGAUCAAUAGAUGCAACUAUUAUUCAUAAAUGGUGUGCUCUUUGCAGAGUUUUAUGGAGGCAAUGUUUUUGGGCAUGGCCGUAUCAAUGAUGAUUUGGUUAUUUUUAGGGUUGUCAAAGUUAAUGACGCGUUCACGGAAGUUUCCUUUAAGGGUGGUUAUUUUUUUUGUGCACUCGUUCUGUCUGACCCUCGGCCUCCACCGUAGUUUGGUUGAAGCACGGUAACUAUGUAGCCACAAGCUGGAACAAAUACUGAUUAGAAAUUGAGAAAGAAAAGAGUAUUUAGAUUGCUAAAGUUAGCUUCAAAGCCCUGGCAGAUGGCUCUUGUAGUGAGAUUAAUUGUGAGUUAACUGCAGACAGAUGUGAUUAAUCACGAUCAAAUAUUUUUAAUCGAUUGACAGCGCUAAUAAAAAUAUAUAUUUUUUAUCUGCGAUUAAAUGUGAUUAAUUCCAAGUUAACUGUGGACAAAAUGCGAUUACUUAUGAUCAAAUAUCGAUUGACAGCCCAAGUUAUUUUUCAAGUUAUCAGUCAUAACUUUUUCCCGCGAGGGCCACAUGCUGAAAAAUGAAAGUUAUGCCAGGCCACUUUGAUAUUUUGCUAAGAAGUUACAGUAUAUACAGAGUGAUUAGUACUAUUGUGCUAUGGUGCUGGAGCCUAUCCCAGCUGUCUUCGGGGCGAGAGGCGGGGUGCACCCUGGACUGGUGGCCAGCCAAUCACAGGGCACAUAUAGACAAACAACCAUUCACACUCACAUUCAUACCUAUGGACAAUUUGGAGUCACCAAUUAACCUAGCAUGUUUUUGGAAUGUGGGAGGAAACCGGAGUACCCGGAGAAAACUCACACAUGCACGGGGAGAACAUGCAAACUCCACACAGAGAUGGCCGAGGGUGGAAUUCAACCCUGGUCUCCUAGCUGUGAGGUCUGCGCGCUCGACCACUUGACCGCCGUGCCGCCCAAUAUUUUAUUUCUGAAGUAUAAUUCUUACAAGAAGCUACACCUAAGUCACUCACAUUGCCGAUAAACUACAUGAAGGAUGUACAGUACAUAAAACAACAAUAAUAGCAUCCAAGGUUGAAAUGAAACUCCUCCUACGGUGGUUCUGUUGCACACCGGAAGGGGCGUUGCAAGGGAGGGAGAGACAGGCUCAUGUCAAC